AUGGACACCUCCACCGCCCCGCAACCCGACCUCACCAUGACCGACGAAGCCCUCAUCGCCGCCGAAGACGCUCCCUCCACCACAGUAGAAGCGCUCAUGACGGAUACCGCGAAUCCAGACGCCCUCGAGCCGCACUCAAAAUCUGUCGCCAACAAUCACAUCAAAUCCUCUCAGCCAAUGUCCUCCUAUCAAACGGCACCAGAAACACACGGCCAAGAUGCGGACAUGGUAGACGCAGCCGAAGAGGACGACACGCCCGAUGGAGGUGUCAAACUGCCAGCCGAGUCGACCGAAGCCUCGAUGAACGGGGACGCGAGCGACAAACGACCCUCCAUCCACGUCACAAAGCCCACCCCCUACACCUUCGACCUCGGGCACCUCCUCUGCAUUGAUCCCAAUCCGCUCCCCCCCAACCCCACCGAAUCCGUCCUCGCCUCCACCGCGCGCGACUGCGCUCAAGCGCUCAUAAACCAGCUGCUCACGACCUGCGCCAUCACCUCGACGGCCGAGGGCGUGCACCUGAAUCUUCCUGCGCCGGAGACGAAGCUUCCGAGAGAGAAGGCCGUCCCGGCGGCGAAGGAGCCGACGAAGUGGGAGAAGUUUGCCCAAAAGAAGGGGAUCAAGGAUAAGAAGAAGGAGGGGAAGCUCGUCUACGACGAAGCUAGCGGGGAAUGGGUUCCGAAGUGGGGGUACAAAGGCAAGAACAAGGAGGGUGAGAACGAUUGGCUGGUCGAAGUUGACGACAAGAAAGAGAGGGAGACGGGCGAGGCUGGUGAUGCGAGGAAGGCGGGCAGGGAGGAGAGAAAAGAGCGGGUCAAGAGGAACGAGCGGAAGCAGAGGGCUAAUGAGAGGAAGUCGACGAAGGGCAGAGUGGGAUGA